AUGGCGGCGAAGUCACGGCGCUCCUCAGUACUCAAGAUGGCCGCCUCGCGUCGCUACAGCCGUCGCCCGCCAGGCGUUCCUUGGUGCGGCGCUGUGCCGGCGGCGAAGGGGUGCGCUCCCGGCGUGCCCUGCGCGGGGCGGGACGGCUCGGCGCGGUGGCUGCCGGAAGCUGUAGUGCGGGGCCGCCGGCGGUCACGUGUCGCGCCCGGCAGUGGCCGCGUUGGGAGCGGAGGCGCCAAGAUGGCGGCGCUGCGGGGCGGAGCGGUGCUCCCCGCCGCCGGGGUUGGGGCCGGGGUCUGCGGCGCUUCGACCGGAGCCGCCUCGCGGGGACUGGCAGGCGGCGGCGCCUCUCGCCAGCCACCCCUGCGCGCCGGCAGCCCCCUGCAGUGUUUCUCCUUUGAGGAUGAUGACCUGAACUUGUCGCUGGAUACAGAAACCAUUCCAGAGGCUGAGGAGAUCCUGGGGACAAUGCAGAACUACCUUGACUCCUCUGUCAUCUCCAUCAUUGAGGACCUCUCCCUAAGUGAGGGCAAGGCCUGCCUGGAUGCACAGAAUGAGCUGUCCCUGCUCACUGCCAUCACGGAGAUGCUGGACAGCACAGAUGAUGAGACCCUGUCCCCCUUCGACACCAUUGUGGACACAGAGCUGCUGACCUCACUUCGGGAGCGGGAGAACCCCUCGUUCCAGAAGUUUCUCAGCCUAUCCCGGCCAGUUCUUGAAUGCAAGAACCCUGCCUUGGAGCAAGAGAGUCUCAAGGGUCUCUGGUCCCUCAGCAGUGGUGGCAGCGUAACUGAAGCUGGGAAGACUGACAUAGACUUGGCCUGGGACCGCAUUGCUCACGGCCUGGAGGACCCACCACCACCAAAGAAGCAAACCUGCAGCACCCCGCGGGUGGAGAGGAAGCAGGGGCGGCCCCGUGCCCAUGAGCAGCUCCCCCUGCAGCGUAGUGACGGGGAGGAGGAAGAUGAGGAGGCUGCCUCCAGCCCAGAGCUGGACAGCAGCAUGGAGGCUGCAGAGUUCUCCACGAAUGUGCCCGAGGUGGUGGCAGAGGAGCAUGAAGACCCCUGUGUCAUCAACACAGGUGAUGUGUCGCUGAGCGAGCUGGUAAAGUCCAUGCAUCCCUACUGCCUGCCCACCUUCACUGUGUGUGUGGACCCCGAGAGUGAGCCCAUGGCCAAGGAGCUACUGAGCGGUCCUGUUGUGCUGGAGAUCGUACCCAGGGAAGGUGAGAACAUGGAGAUCCCCGUGGUGCUGCAGCCCCUGGCCCCCGGCUUCCCUGACUUGGAUCCCCAGCUACUGGGCACAGAGAGCAACGCAGAGUCAAUCCCAGUGCACAGAGAGGAGCUGCCAGGAGAUCCAGCACCUGAAACUGGAAUGGAGGAGGAGGAGAAACCACCUGGGAAGGAGCCCUCAUGUGCAGCACUGGACAGCAAGACCCCUGUGGAGACUGCAGUGAGCAGCAAGCGUGAGAUCUGUGAGAAGGGACGUGGCCGAGAGAGAGCAAGGAAGAGUCGGAAAAAGAAAGUGGAGGAAGGUCCAAGUGAGGAGGGCCGACCUGGCAGAGACUGCAUGGCACACCGGCUGCGCUCAGGCAGGUCACGGCGGGCAGCACGGCCCUCGCUGCAGGUCUCUGACUUCCUGGCACGGCAACUGGAGCAAGCACGGAAGGAGGGGCAGAUGGAGCUGCAUGCUGAUCGGGCACCACAGCCACGUGGCCGCCCCCGGGGCACAGCAGGGGCCUCCCUGCCCAUGAAGGAGCCCCCAGAGCUGCCAAAAGAGUUGGAGCCAGAAAUGACAGACACAGUGGUGGAGAAGGGUGAGACUGCAGUGCCUGUGGAGAAAACCACGGAGGAGCCACUAGCAGGGAAGCAACCCAGCCUGGUGGAGCAGGAGGACAAAGGGGCUGAACAGCCAGUUGUUGUGAUGCCGAAGCAGGAUGUAGGCAUGGAGCCAACCCAGAGUGUGCCCACAGCAGAGCCAAGUGAGACCCUGCCCAAGGAGGCCAAACCCAAGGCCCUGAGCCUGAGGGAGUAUCGCAUGCGCAUGCAGCACCGCCAGUCCAGCAUGGGCAGUGGGAAGGAGGGCAAGAAGCAAGCAGUCAGCAAGUGGCCCAGCGUCCCUGAGCCUCCCACUGAGCUGGCAGACAUUCCCUGCCUGGUGGCACCUGCACGCCCACCCAGCGAAACAGCUAGGGCUCAGAAGAGCCUGGAGAAAUCAGCCAGUUCCCCUGCUGGGCCGCCUCCUGCCAGCAAAGCACCUGCAGCUCCAGUUCCAGCGCCAGCUCCAGCACCUGCCUCAGCCCCACCACCUCCAGUGACACCAGUACCUUUUGUUGCACCUACUGUGCCCCCAGCUGCUGGGACAGCUCCCCCUGGGAUGCCACCACCAGCCACUACUGGUGCUUAUGCCGUGUAUCCACCUGUGCCUUCCUGGCCCUGCUUUGGUCCGCAGCCCCUGGGCUGCCAUGCUCUGCCCCCACCACCUGGCGCUGGACCCCCCGGCACUUUCCACAUGGUGCCCAGCCUCCCCCCCCCCCCCCUGGCGUGGCCCCCCGCCCCCGCCCCCCCCCCCCCACCUUUCAUCCCCGGUGGCCCCUACGGCCCCGUGGGCUGGGCCCCCCCAUCCUACUGGCCAGGCAUCCCCAUUCCACCACCUCCAGUGCCUCCUAUGGCAUACGGUGAUCCUGCACUGCAGGGUGCAGCAGUCUCUUCAGUCCCAGCUAUUGGCCGCCCCAGCACGGCCCUCUUGCAUGGGCAGUCUCCCCCCGCCUCAGAGCCGCCAGCUAUCCCUGUGCAGCCAUCUCCAGGCAGUGAGAUGGGGACUGCAAGCAGCCAGGCCAGACCGGGGGUCAGCAGGGUAUCAAAUGCUAGGAGGCAGGCACGUUUGGUGGGGGAGAAUUCCAUCCCCAAGGGACCCUCGGCUCUGCCCCCCACCCAGCCACUAGUAACUCCAUCAGGUGCUGCUGCCCAGCCCAGCGUGGUCCCUCCUGCAGCCCCAGCUCCAACUGAGGCUGCUCCCACCCAACCCUUGGAGGAGCCCCCUCCUGCAGCACCUGUCCAGCUCUCAAAGGCUGCCCCGGCUGUCAUUCCUGCAGAGGUGUCAGCUGCUGCUGUCCCUGUUGGGGGGUCCCCUGGCACCUGCCUUACAGAGGAGCCUGUGGAGCCAGCCAAGACCCCACUGGAGCCACCCAGCCACAAGCCCAUCACCCAGGCUCUAGCACCGCCACCAAAACCAUGCCGGGAGAGCAGCAAGCUGCCCGCUGCACGGCCCUGGAGGCACCAACCACUCAUCAGCCCUGCACAGCCCAGUGACAGCAACCAGGACAUUGUGCAGGCCUUCAUCAGUGAGAUUGGGAUCGAAGCUGCUGACUUGUCCAGCCUGCUGGAGCAGUUUGAGAAAUCUGAAGCCAAGAAGGAGGAGGCUCCUGUGCAGCCCCCUGAGGAAAGGCGGCCAGCGAGGAGUGCUGGGUCGGAGCCCCAGCCAGAGAGGAAGCCCCCGGACAGCCUACAGGCCUCGGAGCUGGCCAACGUGGCAGGGCUCACCCCCCCGGCGACCCCUCCCCACCAGCUCUGGAAGCCGCUGCCCACUGUCUCACUGCUGGCCAAGACCAAGUCACCUGCGUCGGCACCUCAGGAAGGGAGUCAGAGGACCACCAAGCUCACAAAAGCUAAACCCCUGUCCCAGAGCAAGCUCCAGGGGAGGAGCCCAGCACCUGGCAGUGCAGCCCCCAGCCACGUCUGCUCAGGUGACCAUGACUACUGCAUCCCACGCACAACACGCCUGGAGAACAGCAGCAUUGCUGGCACACAGCACCCCGCCACUGAGAGCGGCUCCCGCUGGAAUGUCAAACACCACCGGGACAUCACCAUCAAGCCCAUCUCCUCCUUAACCAAACGGACGCUGGACCAGCCCAAGCCGGCCCCUGCCACUUCAGUGGGUCCCAGCCAGGAGUCCCCAGGGGCUGCCUGCCCAACCCCCCUGGAUUAUCGGACUAGCGUCCCCAGCAAGGCCGUCACCGGGGGUGACAGCCCCGCCACCUCAGUGCUCCUAUCCCCGGCUGCGUCUCCCUGCCGGGACCAGGAGGUGUGGACCCCUAGCACCCAGCCUGGCCGUGUCGCUGCCAAGAAGUCCCUGCGCUGCUACCGGAGACCGCAGGACUCGCCCAGCCCCUCUGCGGGCAGCUGGAGGGCCGGCCGCAGCCGGGCCAGCCGCUCCUUCAGUUCCAGCUCGGAUGGAGCCAGCGAGUCUUCGUCAUCAUCCUCAUCCUCCCGGUCCCGGUCGCGGUCACUGUCCCCACCGCCCAAGCGGUGGCGAGGGUACCGCUCGAGAUGUUCUCACAGCUCGUCUUCCCGCUCCAGCUGCGGGUCAUGUGGCAGGUCCCGAGACAGGUCCUCCUCUUCCUCCUCCUCAUCCUCCUACUCCUCCCGGUCCCCGUCCCGCAGGCAGUCCCGCUCCCGUUCGCCCUCUCCCUGCAGGAGGAGUAACAGAAGGAGAAGAUACAGUUACGAUGCACAGGACCACUACCAAAGGCAGAGGAUCCUCCAGAAGGAACGUGCAAUAGAGGAGCGGCGAGUUGUGUUCAUUGGCAAGAUACCCAGCAGGAUGACACGGUCGGAGCUGCGGCACCGCUUCUCAGUGUUUGGGGACAUCGAGGAGUGCACCCUGCACUUCCGCUCCGAGGGGGAUAACUACGGCUUUGUCACCUAUCGCUAUGCUGAGGAGGCCUUUGCUGCCAUUGAGAGCGGGCACAAGCUGCGACGUCCGGAUGAGCAGCCCUUUGAUCUGUGCUUUGGUGGCCGCCGGCAGUUCUGCAGGAGGAACUAUGCUGACCUGGACUCCAACCGAGAGGAUUUCGAUCCAGCCCCUGUGAAGAGCAAGUUCGACUCGCUGGACUUCGACACGCUGCUGCGGCAGGCACAGCGCAGCCUGCGGAGGUAGCAGCAAGCACGGCGGAGCGCCCGCCCCUGCUUUUAUACUCAAAUACAAAAGACAAAAAAAGUGUGGAGAGAAAGAUGAGGUUUUUAAGAAAAAGAAAAAGGAAAAAAAUUUGUUUUAUAACCAGUAUUUAAGGAGGACGGGCAGUUUCCCAUCAAUUGGAAGGGCCUAGGUGAGUGGCAGCCUCGGGCUUGCCGAGCCAUGUAAUAAAUGUGGA